AUGACGGUCAAAUCACAUCGCAUCCGCAUUUCCAUAGACCGAGGCGGUACUUUCACCGAUGUUCACGCCUCUAUCCCUGGCCGAGGGGAUAUCAUCCUCAAGCUUCUCUCUGUUGACCCUGCCAACUACCGGGAUGCCCCGACAGAAGGCAUUCGUAGAAUUCUGGAGAUGGUGACAGGAGAGACGCUACCUAGGGGUCAAUUGCUUGACCUAUUCCACGUUGAGUCAAUCCGCAUGGGCACCACGGUAGCCACAAACGCCCUUCUCGAGCGAAAAGGCGAGCGCGUGGCCCUGGUCACGACCAAGGGUUUCCGUGACUUGCUAGCAAUCGGAAACCAAUCACGUCCAAACAUCUUCGACCUAUCCGUCACACGGCCAGAGGUACUUUUUGACGAGGUUGUUGAAGUUGACGAGCGCAUCACGAUGGAAGACUACACAGAGGACCCUGCGUCUAUCAAGACGAAUCCAACGCCCGAUGACACUCAGCUGGUUACGGCAGUCACUGGGGAGACUAUCCGCGUUCUCAAGAGACCAGACUUGACGGCGAUCAAGACACAGCUCGAAAAGAUUCGAGACCAAGGCUUCCGGUCUAUUGCCAUCGUCUUCAUCCACUCCUACGCCUACCCAGACCACGAACUGUUGGUCGGAAGAGUAGCUUCAGAAAUGGGCUUCUCAGUGACUCUGUCCUCGGAGGUCCAGCCCAUGAUUAAUGUCGUGCCACGCGGUAUGUCUGCCGUGGCUGACGCAUAUCUCACCCCUGUCAUCCGGCAGUACAUCGACUCGAUUUCCGCCAACUUUAAAGGCGGUUUCGGUGCAGCCGCAACUCGCAUUGAGUUCAUGCAAUCGGACGGUGGUCUGGUGGACUACCGCAAGUUCAGCGGCCUCAAAGCCAUCCUUUCCGGCCCGGCCGGUGGUGUUGUUGGUUAUGCACAAACCUCUUGGGAUGAUGAAGAGCGCAAGCCGGUGAUCGGCUUCGACAUGGGCGGAACCUCCACAGAUGUCUCGCGUUACGCGGGUGUGUACGACCACGUCUUUGAGACUACGACUGCCGGCAUUGCUAUACAAUCACCACAACUCGAUAUCCAUACCGUCGCUGCCGGAGGAGGUUCCAUCUUGACCUGGAAGAAUGGGCUCUUCAACGUUGGACCCGAGUCUGCCUCAGCACACCCUGGCCCAGCAUGUUACCGCAAGGGUGGCCCACUUACCGUAACGGAUGCAAACCUGUUCCUUGGAAGACUGAUCCCCGAGUAUUUCCCCAAAGUCUUUGGUCCCAAGGAGAACGAGCCUCUUAACCGAGAAGUCACCGCUGCCAAAUUCUUGGAGCUGACUAGCGAGAUUAACAAGGACCGAGAGGCUUCAGGUCUCUCUCUUUUGUCUCCCGAGGAAGUUGCCCUUGGUUUUCUGAAGGUGGCCGACGAGGGUAUGGCGAGCCCGAUUCGCGCGUUGACAGAAGCUCGUGGUUACGAGGCUGGCGCGCAUCACUUGGCUUGCUUUGGCGGUGCUGGAGGUCAGCAUGCCUGUUCCGUUGCGACUGUUCUUGGCAUCUCCCGCGUCAUCAUCCACAAGUACUCCUCCAUCCUUUCAGCUUAUGGCAUGUCACUCGCAGACGUUGUCCAUGAGAUUCAGAAGCCAUCUGCCAUCACCUACUCUGAGGAGACCAAGGACAGCAUCCAAAAGCAGCUCGAGGAGCUCUCUUCUCAGGCCUCCUUGGAACUGAUGAAGCAGGGAUUCACCGAAGACCUCAUCACGCAUGACACCUAUCUCAAUAUGCGAUAUGCAGGAUCAAGUAGCUCUCUCAUGAUCUUGAAGGGAGCUGAUUGGGAUUUCAAGACCGAAUUUGAGGAUGCUCACCGUCGCGGGUUUGGGUUCCACUUCCCUGAGAAGGCCAUCAUUGUCGACGACAUCCGAGUUCGAGCUACUGGUGCAGCUCGUGCCAAGGUGGAGAAGAGCCCUUUUGCUCAAAUGAAAGCUGUCGAUGACUCCUCAGCUUCCAGACCCGAGCCCAGCACCGCCAACCGUGUUUACUUCGAGGGUCACGGACACCUCGACACCGCUGUGUACCAGCUCGAAACCAUCCCUGUCGGCGCUCGCAUCUCUGGCCCGGCUUUGAUCAUUGACAACACCCAGACGAUUCUCGUCACUCCGUCUACAACCGCCACAGUCCUUGAGAGCUACGUUGUCAUCGACCGUGAGCUCGAAGAGAAAGUCAUCAAGAGGGACGGCGAACAGGAGGAAUUCAGCCCCGUUCAACUGACCGUCUUUGGUCACCGCUUCAUGUCGAUCGCCGAGCAGAUGGGACGGACUUUGCAGAAAACUGCAGUGUCAACCAACAUCAAGGAGCGACUCGACUUCUCGUGUGCAAUUUUCAGCCCUGAUGGUGGCCUUGUCGCCAAUGCUCCUCACGUUCCUGUUCAUCUCGGAUCUAUGCAGUUUGCUGUGCGCUAUCAGCACGAGCUGUGGAAUGGCAAGCUUCGGGACGGCGAUGUUCUUGUCUCGAACCACCCUUCGUGCGGUGGCACCCACUUGCCUGACAUCACGGUUAUUACACCUGUGUUUGAUGGAGAGGAAAUUGCCUUCUACGUUGCUUCAAGAGGGCACCAUGCAGACAUCGGUGGUAUCCUGCCCGGUUCUAUGCCACCGACAUCAUACGCCCUCUGGCAGGAAGGCGCUGCUAUUGAGUCGACGAAGUUGGUCAGCGAGGGCCGUUUCAACGAGGACGAGGUCCGACGUCUGCUUCUCGAGGAGCCCGCGCAGUAUGAGGGUUGCUCAGGCACCAGAAGACUGCAAGACAACCUGUCCGAUCUUAAUGCCCAGAUUGCUGCCAAUGCAAAGGGCAUCUCCCUGAUAAAGGCUCUCAUCACGGAAAACGGCCUCGCUACUGUUCACCGAUACAUGUAUGCAAUUCAACACACUGCGGAGCACGCUGUGCGUGAGUUGAUGCAGUCCACGCUUACCAAAUUCGGCUCUGAGCCACUCGUUGCGGUUGACUACAUGGACGAUGGUACUCCGAUCUCUCUCAAGAUCACGAUCGCCUCUGACGGCUCCGCAACCUUUGACUUCACCGGCACAGGCCCACAUGUUCUCGGUAACACCAACGCCCCCAUCGCCAUCACGCACUCUGCCAUCAUCUACUGCUUGCGCGGGCUCAUUUCCUCCCAGAUUCCCCUCAACCAGGGGUGCCUGGCUCCCAUCGACAUUGUAAUCCCUGAAGGCAGUAUCCUUAACCCCGGCGCUGGUCUUGCCGUGGUUGGCGGCAAUGUCCUCACUUCUCAACGCAUCACGGAUGUGGUCCUGAAGGCCUUCCGGGCUUCUGCUGCAAGCCAGGGUUGCUGCAACAACCUUACCUUCGGCACAGGUGGCAAAGACCCCGUCACUGGCGAGCACAAGGAUGGCUUCGGUUACUACGAGACGAUUGCAGGCGGAGCCGGUGCCGGUCCUACUUGGGUCGGUCAGAGCGGCGUCCAUACCCACAUGACGAACACCCGAAUCACGGACCCGGAAGUCUUCGAGAAGCGAUACCCAUGUAUCCUUAGGCGCUUCCAGCUCAGGGAGAACUCUGGUGGCAAGGGUCAAAACAAGGGUGGCGACGGCACCAUCAGAGAGAUCGAGUUCCGUGUACCGGUUCAGUGUUCGAUUCUUAGUGAGCGUAGAAGCCGUCGGCCUUACGGUAUGGAGGGUGGUGGCGACGGAGAGGCUGGAGUGAACUUGGUCAUCGUCCGGGAUGACAUGACCGGUAAGGACAGGACCGUCAACCUGGGCGCUAAGGCGACGACGAAGCUUCGUGCAGGUGAGAGGGUUAUUAUUCAGUCACCUGGUGGAGGCGCUUGGGGAGCGCUUGUUGAAGCAAACUAG